UACCUAAUUGGUCAGAAUAUACAAAUGCUGUCUAUCAGAGGAGUGAAGUAAAAAUUUAAAAAAUAAAAUAACAACCCGUCUUGUUUUUAUAGAAUCGAGAGCUAAAUAUAGACAUGGGUAUUUUCUAAAAUUGCUCGAGGAGUAGGUGCUUGUUGCGAGAGGAUCAAGAGGAAGUGUCGAAGGGAGACAACUGAGAGAGACCAUUUUGUCUCUUUCAGAUGGAAGCGACGAUGUUUUGGAGACGGAUCUCUUAAAAACACUUUCACGCAUUUGAAAAUGUCUUUUGAAAAAGUUGAAAGGCUUUCGGAUUCUGAAAGCGAUGCAGAUCAGUUUAAUCUUGGUGCAGGUCAUGAUAGCAGUGCCCUCAGUGACAGCAAUGAUGAGGGCAGAGGUGAUAGCUAUGUCCCUUUCUUCUCUCAGAAGAGAACAUUGGAAACUUCAGAUGAUGAAGGAGCUAACAGACCAACAAAGGUUCCAAGAGGACCUCGUACAAAACCAAGUUCCCUGGCCAAUAAUGCUGGAAAAAAACAAAACAGAAAUCUCAGUUACAGUCAAAUGAGUGCUUCUGAUUCCUAUGAAGGAUUCAAAAAACAUGGCAUAUUGGAUUUAAAUUCAGAAGUAAAAGAUUCUGAAAGCGAUGCAGAUCAGUUUAAUCUUGGUGCAGGUCAUGAUAGCAGUGCCCUCAGUGACAGCAAUGAUGAGGGCAGAGGUGAUAGCUAUGUUCCUUUCUUCUCUGAGAAGAGAACAUUGGAAACGUCAGAUGAUGAAGGAGCUAACAGACCAACAAAGGUUCCUAGAGCACCUCGUACAAAACCAAGUUCCUUGACAGAUAACACGGGAAAAAAACAAAACAGAAAUCUCAGUUACAGUCAAAUGAAUUCCUAUGGAGGAUUCAAAAAGCAUGGCAUAUUGGAUUUAAAUUCAGAAGUAAAAGACUCCGAUAGUGAACCUGAGCCACAAGCAUUGUUAUCUGGCCACGAGAGCACAACAUUCAGUGACAGCAAUGAUGAAGGGAAGCCGGAACUAUUUUCUGGUUCCUUUUCUGCAAAACAAUCAGAAGAUUCACAGAAAGAACAAACUGCCAACCAAUUCCAGCAUGCACAAAAUGCUUCCUACAGUGAAACCAGUUUAAAAAUUAUGGCUAAAAUGGGUUACCAAGAUGGUAAAGGUCUUGGUAAAAAUGCCCAAGGUCGUGUUGAAAUUGUAGAAGCAUCUAAGCAGAGAGGCCGACGUGGUUUUGGUCUUUAUCCAAAAGCAUUUUUGAAAACCGAAAUGAAAUGGGAUCCAAAUGAAGAAGAGAUUUCUGUAAUCGAGACUGUUGACUGGAUGAAACCUUGUACAGAUCCUAUGCCAUUGUUAGAAGAACUUCGGACAUGGAAAGCAACUGGAAAAAAAAAGACAAUUAUAGAUGAUGAAUUGAAUUUUGUUUCAAGUGAAUUGUUGAGUGGAAUCCUGGAUUCUAAAAACAUUUUUGAUGAACUGGAAAGUGAAGAGAUGCGUAAAGCUCGCUCAAGAUCUAACCCUUACGAAACAAUACGAGGUGUUAUUUUUCAAAAUAGGGCAGCUAUGAAGAUGUCCAACAUCGAUGCUGUUUGUGACUUCAUGUUAACUCAACCAAAAUCUAAAACUGGGCAACCAUUGGUUUCUUCAAACAGUUUGCUCUAUUUUGCUGAUAUUUGUGCUGGGCCUGGUGGCUUCAGUGAAUAUGUUUUGUGGAGACGAAAAGGGGAUGCAAAGGGGUUUGGCUUAACUUUGCGGGAAUGCAAUGAUUUUAAACUUGAAGAAUUUUUUGCUGGUCCCAGUGAGAUGUUUGAACCACAUUAUGGUGCUGACGGUACGGGAGAUAUAUACAAAACAGAAAACCAAAAAGCUUUUGAAAAAUUUGUGAAAGAGAAUACAGAAAGCAAAGGUGUACAUUUUGUGAUGGCGGAUGGAGGAUUCUCUGUGGAAGGACAAGAGAAUAUACAGGAGAUUUUAUCUAAACAACUUUAUUUGUGCCAAUUUCUCACAGCCUUGUUAGUAUUAAGAGACGAUGGCCAUUUUGUGUGUAAAUUAUUCGAUAUCUUCACACCAUUCAGCGUUGGUCUGGUCUACUUAAUGUAUCGGGCUUUCCAUCAAAUUGCAAUUUUCAAGCCAGUUACCAGCCGUCCUGCAAACUCUGAACGGUAUAUCAUCUGUAAGGCAUUGCGUACAGAUGCAGAGCCAAUAAAACAAUACUUGCAUGAAAUUAAUCUGGAAUUGUUGCAAAUGGAUGACGAUGAAUGUGAUAUCAAUGAUAUUGUACCUCUAGAGACACUUCUGGAUGGUAGAUUCUAUGAAUAUAUCAGAAGUUCUAAUGAUCUUUUGGCAAAGAAACAAAUUAAUAAUCUAAGGAAAAUCCAUUCUUUUGCCUUAGACACCAAUCGUCAUGAGUAUUCUCAGAAAGAUAUCAGAAAGCAGUGUUUGCAACUGUGGAAGAUUCCUGAUAAUGUGAGAGUUGCCCCGGCAAAAGGAAACCCAAGCAUUAUAUUUUCAAAGCUGAUGGAGGAAGAUUGUAACAUGUAUCAUCUGACAUAUGAAGAUUUAACUCCUGCUAAACUGAAAACUGUAAAAAGCUUAUAUGAUUAUCGAUGUUUUGUAACUGGAAGUGAAAAUCGUUAUUUUAUUUUAGGACUUGGGAGGGGACAUGUUUGUUUUUGGAAUGGUAAUCAAAGCAGCAAUUGGUGUAAGAUUGAAGAUAAACAAAUUCAUAUUGAAUUACCUUCAGAGACUUUAUUAGAAGCUGAGAUAGUCCAGGAAUUCCAAGGAGAAGGAAAGGGACAGAAAAAACAAAUGACAGUCCAUGUUUUAGAUGCCUAUUUUCUCUGUGGUGACAAUGUACAGAAACUACAUUUCAAUGAAAGAAUUGAAAGGCUAAAGAAAUUUGUAAAGGCUAUUACGAAGACAACUCGUUCUGAUUUAGCUCCAAUUAGUGUGCCUGAAAUAUACAGAAUGGAAGAGAUUCACAAAAUAUUUGACAGGUUGGAAAUGAAGUUAGUAAAAGGUCAAUCGCGCUUCAGACGUCUUUGUUACUGUAAAGAGAAAAAGCAUUAUUUCCUACCGUCUGGAGUUCACUUUGUAAAAAUUACCAAAGAUCCGUGGACAAUGUGUCUUAGUAAGUCUUCAAACACAAAGUAUUUUUUCGAUACAUCUUCUGGUGUGUCAACUUAUGUAUUUCCUGCAGAUGCUAUAACAAACACCAGAGAUUGCCGAAUAAACGGAAUCCGUUGGAAAUGGCAAGAAGGAGUAAGAGUGCACGACUCCCAGCCUACAACACAAGACAGAGACAAGUUUUCAAAAGAAGACAUUCUUCAGUUUAUCCAAGAUAAAAUCAACAAAUGAGAAUAAUUCCAUUGUUAUUCCUUCCCACAAGAAAAUGAAAUCCAUCCCCCACUAAUUUUUUGAUAAACAUUUAUAACCCA